UCCGGCCACCGUCCUCCCCCCCCCCGCGCUGCCGCAGCCGCGGGGCAUUGUGGGGCGGCGAGAUGGCGGCCCUCGGCGCGGGAAGGGCAGCGGUCAGGGGUCUCCUGCGUGCCCAGCGCGUUGGCGCGUGGAGAGGCCUGGGUGCCUCCGCUGCCCUCCAGCAGAUCCCGCGGGCCAAGUCAGAAAAUGCGAAGUCUGAGAGCACGUUCCAGGUCACCAUGCUGCCCGGAGAUGGGGUGGGCCCAGAGCUCAUGCACGCGGUCAAGGAAGUGUUCAAGGCUGCCAGCGUGCCCGUGGUCUUCGAUGAGCAUCACCUGAGUGAGGUGCAGAACAUGGCAUCGGAAGAAAAACUGGAUGAGGUGGUUGAUUCUAUGAAGGAAAGUAAAGUGGCCCUUAUAGGGAAGAUCCACACCCCCAUGGAGUACAAAGGAGAGCUGGCUUCUUACGACAUGAGACUCAGGCGCAAAUUAGACUUGUUUGCCAAUGUUGUCCAUGUGAAGAGCUUACCAGGCUAUAAAACACGCCACAACAACUUGGACCUCGUGAUCAUUCGUGAGCAGACGGAGGGGGAGUACAGCUCUCUGGAACACGAGAGCGCAAAGGGGGUCAUCGAGUGCCUGAAGAUCAUCACGCGGGCCAAGUCGCAGCGCAUUGCCAAGUUCGCCUUUGACUACGCCACCAAAAAAGGGCGCUCCAAAGUCACGGCUGUGCACAAAGCCAACAUUAUGAAACUAGGCGACGGGCUAUUCCUGCAGUGCUGUGAAGAAGUGGCAGAACUGUAUCCCAAGAUCAAAUUUGACACCAUGAUAAUUGACAACUGCUGCAUGCAGCUGGUGCAGAACCCCUACCAGUUUGAUGUCCUGGUCAUGCCCAACCUCUAUGGGAACAUCAUUGAUAACCUGGCGGCUGGCUUGGUGGGCGGUGCCGGCGUGGUUCCCGGCGAGAGCUACAGCGCGGAGUACGCCGUGUUCGAGAUGGGUGCCCGCCACCCGUUCGCCCAGGCCGUGGGCAGGAACAUUGCCAAUCCCACCGCCAUGCUGCUCUCGGCCGCCAACAUGCUGCGGCAUCUCAACUUAGAAUUUCACUCCAAUUUGAUUGCGGAUGCAGUGAAGAAGGUGAUCAAAGUCGGAAAAGUUCGGACACGGGACUUGGGCGGUUACUGCACCACUUCUGACUUCGUGAAGUCUGUGAUUGACAACCUGCACCCCCACUAUGGUGUCUAGGAACCCCGCUCGCCCGUGGGGAGUUCUGGGACUUCACUGCACCCUGCGGCACCUCUCUGUAGCUUAAAACCUAAACCAGCUUCCUCCCCCUCCCCUUGCUGGCAUAGUUCUUCGGGCUGCUGGGAUCCCCUGGUGCCUCCAGGGAGGCUCUUGCUCUUCCUCCCUAGCCCAGAGAUCCCAGUAACCUUCCGGGGUUGUGGCCAGCGUGAAUUUCCGGAGGGACAGGGACCAGGUCUGCCUUUGGCGCUGGAGUGAGGACACCCGCGUGUACCUCUGGUUUGUUUAGGCGGUGUCUCCACUUUGCCCUCCGUGAGACGACUGUAGUGCUGAUCCCGGGACGUGAGCGCGUGCUGGGAUGACUCGGAGCCCGACAGGCCGUGACCAGAGCGUCCCCGGGCAGGCGGCUCACGGGGACAGCGAGGCCAGUGCAGUCCGUGGUUACCAUAGGAGCCUUCCCUGCCCACAGCGGCUUUAGCAAUAAGACCACAGGGCUGAGGACUUGCAUCCAGAAAUACUUGCUCAGGAUGAGAGUCCGCUUUCUGGGAGCAGGCACAAUUCCACACGGCACAAGGAGGCUUUGAAAACUCCUGCCCUCUGGGAGCUGGUGCAGGACAGGGCUUGCUUUGUUCCCCCCUGUUAUGCAUUUGCUACUGAUGUCCAGAAGCCCCAGGACAAGGUGGGGGAGAGCUGGGCUCUGAGCUGAGCUGCCUGUGCAGCGGGGUAGGUAGGGAAGCGCGGUCCCUGUCCAGGCCUGAGCAGGCACCGCGGCACAGCUGGCUGCUCGCAGGGCCUUGCAGGCCCGCUGCGGCUUCGGGGACCAGGCUGCGGGGUUAGUGCAGACCAGGGAGCUGGGGCAGGGCUCCGGCUGCGUGUGGCCAAGGCUGAGCGGGUGCUGUGCUCCCCGGGGGCAGACAUGCCCGGCCCCACGGCAGGCAGGGCGUGGGGCUGCGGUGGGACCGGCCGAAGCUCUACUCCCCUCCCUGCAGCACUGCAGCAGCCCGGGGCGCUGGCGUGGCUCUGCCCAUGUGCCAGGGACCAGGAGGGCAGCACGAGGGGCUGGGUUACAAACGUGCCGGUGGGAGCACUAGCCGCUCUGCAGGUGCAGCGCUGCGGGCGCCUGCCCUGCUGGUGCAGGGUGCUGUGAGGGUUGGGGACCAUGACCGGGAAGCUUACUUAAUUACUUAUUACAGUACUUCGUAUUUGUGUUUGCAAAUAAAGGGUCCAGCAUGUCCCCCA